GACCUCGCAUAUUUACUUCCUGUUAAGAGGCAUUUAAGACUUAACGGACUCUCAGAGGGUAUAAUGCUCCUGUGAACAUCUAGGUAUUGAAGAAAGAUUUUAGAGAAAAAAAUGGAAAGGCAAACGGCUACUUCGAAUCGCUUGUUAGUGGCAGCUAUAGACUUCGGAACAACAUAUUCUGGCUGGGCGUUCUCGUUUAAGCACGAAUUUGAUAGAGAUCCCACAAAAGCCACAACAAAGAAUUGGAGUCCUGGAGUCGGAACGCUUGUGACAGAUAAGACGCCAACAUGCAUAUUGAUUAAUCCAGACCACACUUUCAGUGCCUUUGGAUAUGAUGCAGAAAAUAGAUAUAUACAUCUAUUGGCUGACAGGCAACAUCGAACGCACUACUUUUUUCGAAACUUCAAAAUGACUUUGUUCAAAAAACUAGGACAGAAACUUGAUCGGAACAUGCUACUAACAGAUCUCAAUGGAAAAGAAUUACUAGCUAUGGAUGUUUUUGCAAUGGCAAUUAAGUAUUUGGCAAAUGAUGUGUUGCAACAAGCUAACCGGGGAAUAAGUGGAAUUUUAGUCCCUUCCGAGAUACAUUGGGUUUUAACUGUACCAGCAAUUUGGUCCGAUGCUGCAAAACAAUUUAUGAAGGAAGCUUGGUCAAAGGCAGGGUUACCUACCGAGAGGUUGAUGGUUGCAUUAGAACCGGAGGUUGCCUCGUUAUACUGUCUCCAUUUGCCAAUAGACAAGACUACAGAUGGCAGCGAUGUAUUUAUAUCACAGUUUAAGACUGGCACACAAUAUUUAGUGCUAGAUGCGGGAGGAGGUACGAUUGAUAUUACGGUCCAUGAAGUGCAUGAACAUAACACAUUAAGAGAAGUGAGAGCCGCAAAUGGUGGUGAUUGGGGAGGAAUAAUGGUCGACAAAUCAUUCGAAGAUUUUCUCAUUAAUCUUUUCGGUGUUAGGGUAAUGGAAUGCUUUAAGAGCACAGAAACGGACGACUGGUUCGAUUUAUUAAGGGAGUUUGAAUCUGGAAAGCGCAGAAUGAGCAGCGACACCCAUGGAAGAAUAUGUAUGAGGUUACCCGUUUCUCUGAAUGAUCUGUACCGGGAAGUGUGGAAACGAAGUAUUCAGAGUAGAAUAGCCUCAUCGAUGUAUGCUGGGCAAGUAGAAAUUAUAAAGGAUAAAAUAAGAGUUUCUACAGAUAUCUUUGUCAACCUCUUUAAUGGGUCUGUCAGACAUAUAGUUGCUCAUCUAAAAGAGAUGAUGAAAGAUGAGAAACUAACCAAGGUUAAUGUCGUUCUCAUGGUUGGAGGCUACUCAGAGUCGCACGUAUUACAAAAUUCCAUAAAGGAAGCUUUCCCUAAUUUCCAAGUCAUUAUUCCACUCAGUGCUGCAUCAGUCGUAUUGAGAGGGGCUUUGAUAUUCGGACAUACACCAAUGGCAAUAACAGAACGAGUUGUUAAAUAUACAUACGGUGUGGACUACUCUACCACUUUUAAAGAAGGGCUUCACCAAGAGUAUAGGCGCAGAAGGUAUGGAGAUAGUAAGACUGAUUAUUGCUACAAUGCAUUCAAGAAAUACGUCGAACAUGGUCAAGUAGUGAAGACUGGAGAAACCCACAAGAAAAUUGUAUUUUACACUACCCAUAAAAAUCAAAAUAAAAUCUGCUUUAACAUAUUUGCGUCCCAUUUGAAAGACCCUCUUUAUGUAGACGACAGCGGAUGCUUUCGGAUAGGAAAAGUAACAAUUGAAUUUGCAGAACCCGAUGACAAACCUCAAAGGCCUGUGUCUUGUUCCAUGUUCUUUGGCGGAACAGAAAUAAUCGUCGAGGCUGAAGACGGGAAGACGGGAAGACGGGAGAUAAGUCAGUUACAAAUGUUAAUUUUCUUGGUUAACGAACAUAUAAGAUAG